AUGCUUUCGGGCCGGCGGGACAUCAGCGAGAUCGAUCCUCGGGAUGAGUUAUUACUGGCGGAGCUGGGCUACAGACAGGAGCUUCGGCGGAAUUGGAACGGGCUCCAUAACUUUGGAAUCUCAUUCUCGAUCAUUAGUGUGAUAACUGGUAUCACCACACUGUUUAGCUAUGGGUUGAACACUGGAGGUCCCGCAGUCAUGACCAUCGGUUGGAUUAUUGUGUCACUCUUUACGAUAUUCAUUGGCUUUAGUAUGGCUGAGAUUCUGUCCGCAAUCCUAACUGCCUCGGGUCCCUACUUCUGGGCUGCCGCUCUUGCACCUGAUUAUUACGCGCCAUUCGUCUCCUGGUUCACUGGCUGGUUCAACUUUGUCGGCCAGUUCUCCGUCACAACGAGCAUCAGCUUUGGCUGCGCAACACUUAUCAGCAUGACGGCGACUGUGAUGAACCCAUCUUACACGCCUAGUCCCGGGAAGGUAAUGGCUAUCUACGUGGCCGUUCUCCUCUCUCAUGGUCUUGUCAAUAGCUUUGGCUUGCGAGUUCUUCGCUAUCUCAACAACAUCUCCGUUGUUUUGCACACCUUUGGCGUUACUGCGCUGGGCAUAGCGGUUCUCAUGAAAGCGCCGCGACAUCAGCCAGCUUCAUUUGUCUUCGCGACCUUCUAUGAUGGGACAGGCGGAUGGAGUGAGCGUGCUUCAUCGGCCUACGUCGUUGUCUGUGGUUUGCUUCUCUCGCAGUACACGAUCACUGGCUUCGAUGCAUCUGCCCAUUUAUCAGAGGAAACGCUUGGCGCGGGACGUAAUGCACCUUUCGGCGUCUUAAUGUCUAUCGGAGCCUCCGCCGUCUUCGGACUUUUCCUCCUACUCUGCCUCCUCUUCAGCAUUCAAGACUUCAUGGUCACAGUCACUAGCGACCAGCCCGUUAUACAAAUCUUUGUAGACGUAUUCGGAGCUAAAGGCACGAUGGCAGGCAUGAGCCUCAUUAUAAUAUGUGUUUGGUUCUGCGGCCUCUUCUCCCUGACAAGUAACUCGCGUAUGAUGUUCGCCUUCAGCCGGGAUGGCGCUCUACCGCACUUUUUUAACCACAUAGACGACAAAUUUCAGACUCCGAUACGUACGGUCUGGCUGGCCGUAGCUCUGGCGUUCAUCCUUUCAUUGCCAAGCUUAGGUAGCGAUGUUGCCUUUGCCGCAGCUACAAGCAUUGCGACUGUCGCCCUCUAUAUUAGCUAUAUAGUGCCGGUCAUUGUAGCACUGACUUGGCCGCAACAUUUCAAACGAGGAUUUUUUAAUCUUGGUAUCAUGUCGCGGCCAGUGGGAUUCGUUUCUGUGGCUUGGGUCAGCUUUAUUACUAUAGUGUUCUGCUUGCCACAAGUGAACCCAGUCACUUCAACAACACUCAACUACACGCCCGUCGCACUGGGCAUUGUCGUAAUCUGCGUUCUCGCUAGCUGGUUCUUUUGGGCUCACAAAUGGUUCUACGGACCCAGGCGACAGAUAACUCUCGGAGACACCAAUAUCGUUUCACGAGUUCAACUUCGGCCGUCCAAACGUAGAUGACAAAUAGUAGACUCUAGGGAGGUUCCCGAAGGAAACCCGAUGAAACGAGAUUAUG